CCUCACCGCCCCGGCCCCCCUCACCGCCCGGCUGCCGGUAACAACUGCGCGUCCCCUCCUCGCCUCUCCCCGCCGCCUCAGCCGGGCAGCCGUGCCUCUGCCGCCCUCCUCCUUCUCUUCCUCCUCCCUCCGGGUGGUCCCCGGCCCCGGGGCAGGGUGCGGAGGCCCCGCGCCGGAACGGGCCGCGCCGAGGGGAGCGGCUUCUCCGCGCCUGGAAGGGAGCGCAGCGCGGCUCCGCUCUCCUCCUCCCCGGCAUGAUGGCGUCCCUCCGGCAGCCCGGGGGAGACCCGGGGCCGCUUCCUCGCUGCUCGCUCCCGGCUCGAAGUUUGUGGGUUCUUGGCCGGAAGUGUUCAGAAUAAUGAGAAGGUUGUGUCCAUCAAGUGGGGAUGUCAGUGCUGCCUUCCUGGGACUGGAGGACUGAAAAAGACAAAGGACCAGAACUAUUUGAGACAGGCUGCUUUUGACUACUGACACGACCUGCUGUACCCUGCUGGUGGAAGAGUAGAACAUUCUUUCCUGCUUGGUUCCGUGUUGUCACAGUGGGGACAUCAUGAAUGUGACAAGUUUAUUCUCCUUCACCAGCCCAGCAGUGAAGAGGCUGUUGGGAUGGAAGCAGGGGGACGAAGAAGAGAAGUGGGCAGAGAAAGCUGUUGAUGCAUUAGUGAAAAAACUGAAGAAGAAAAAAGGUGCUAUGGAAGAGCUGGAAAAAGCAUUAAGCUGUCCUGGUCAGCCCAGCAACUGUGUCACAAUCCCUCGUUCCUUGGAUGGCAGGCUGCAGGUUUCACACAGGAAAGGGCUGCCACAUGUCAUUUACUGCAGAGUGUGGCGCUGGCCAGACCUGCAGAGCCACCACGAACUGAAACCACUGGAGUGCUGUGAGUUUCCCUUUGGUUCAAAACAGAAGGAGGUUUGCAUCAAUCCCUACCACUACAAGCGGGUAGAGAGUCCUGUCCUUCCUCCAGUGCUGGUUCCGAGGCACAGCGAGUACAACCCUCAGCACAGCCUCUUGGCCCAGUUCCGCAACCUGGGACAGAACGAGCCCCACAUGCCGCACAAUGCUACUUUCCCGGACUCUUUUCAGCAGCCCAGUAGUAACCCCUUCCCCCACUCGCCCAGCAGCAGCUAUCCAAACUCUCCUGGAAGCAGCAGUAGCACCUACCCACAUUCUCCAGCCAGCUCAGACCCGGGAAGUCCUUUCCAGAUGCCAGCUGAUACUCCCCCUCCUGCUUACCUGCCUCCAGAAGAUCAGAUGACACAUGAUACCUCCCAGCCAAUGGAUACCAACAUGAUGGCACCUGCAAUCCCCCCAGACGUACACAGAGGAGAUGUUCAAGCAGUUGCUUAUGAAGAGCCAAAGCAUUGGUGCUCCAUUGUCUACUACGAGCUGAAUAAUCGUGUUGGAGAGGCAUUCCAUGCUUCUUCCACGAGUGUCCUGGUGGAUGGCUUCACUGAUCCUUCCAACAACAAGAACAGAUUUUGCUUGGGGCUGCUCUCCAAUGUUAACCGCAACUCCACCAUUGAGAACACCAGGCGGCAUAUUGGCAAAGGUGUUCAUCUCUAUUAUGUUGGUGGGGAGGUGUAUGCUGAAUGUCUCAGUGACAGCAGCAUUUUUGUGCAAAGUCGGAACUGCAAUUACCAUCACGGGUUCCAUCCCACCACAGUCUGCAAAAUCCCCAGUGGCUGCAGUUUGAAGAUUUUCAAUAAUCAAGAGUUUGCUCAGCUUUUGGCUCAGUCUGUGAACCAUGGCUUUGAGACAGUGUAUGAGCUUACUAAGAUGUGCACUCUCCGUAUGAGUUUUGUAAAGGGUUGGGGAGCUGAGUACCAUCGCCAAGAUGUGACAAGCACUCCAUGCUGGAUAGAGAUACAUCUUCAUGGUCCUCUUCAGUGGCUGGAUAAAGUACUUACUCAGAUGGGCUCUCCUCAUAAUCCUAUUUCUUCAGUGUCUUAAAAGGUCCCAAGCUCCUGCAUUUUGGAAACAAUUGAGCCUUGCAUGUACUUGAAGGAUGUAUUAGUCAGACACACACAUUUGUAUUAUUUUUCCCCGAACUUUGCAACAGCUGAAUAAGAGCCAUGAAAACACUUGACUUCUGUGACCAACCCUUGGAUUCAGAAAAAAAACCCCAAAACAGCAAACCCUUUGACAUGUUGGUAUAAAGAAUUUUAGUUUACAUUGUAACACACAAUUGCAAAGGUAAUUUGCAGGGGUUAGUGCAACGGGGAUGACUGUGCUGAAACCACAAUCUGUCCGACCGAGUUCCCAAAGGAUCUUCCUGUAGCUGGCACUCUGAGAUUCCCUUUCUUCCUUGUAUUCAGUGCUCGCCCUUUCUUCCUGUGUCCUCUGGGGCUAGGAACUGAUGCUGCUGAAAUCUGCUUUUUGCAGGCUCUCUGCAGUACAUUUUAAAACUAUUUGUCUAAGUUGAUGGUUCCUGUUCUCUUGAAAAGAAAAAAAAAAUAUCCCAUUAACUGUGUAAUAAUCUUUGAAUCUGUGUCCUGACCAUACUGCUGUAAGAAUGUUAGGUAUGUUUUUUGCUAAAUGUAUGUAUGAUGUAUUUGAAAGUUUAGAAAUUAAUUAGAUUUAGACUAUAAAGGAAUUAGGAAUAUUUGAAUGGGGGGAGGUGGGAGCGGGAAGGGAAAAUGACAACUGAAAUGUAGAAUAUAUUGUAAACAUAGCUUGUUAGUUAAAACUGAGGUCUGAGUUUUGCUGUGCAUUUCAUUUUUAUAGUGGCUUCAUCUUGUUAAUUCUGACUUUUUGCCUCUUUGUUUUCCCCAAAAGCAAUUGCACAGCUGGUUAAUUCUUUUACCCAUGAAGAGGAAUGUCACAGCUUAGCAGUUUGGGCGGACCAAAAACCAAAGGACAGAAUUAUUCUCUAUUACCCACUCUCAAAGGGAAGAUAAAAGGGUAAUAAAGACUAGAGACUUGAAGUUGGAAAUUUAAAAAAAAAUGUUAACAGAUUUACUAGCACAGGGGAAAGGCAAUAACAUAAGGGAUAAAGAACAAAAAUACAAAUUUGUAUACAACCCAGUCUGGAUGCUGGCAGGGACAGGUGCCUGUGUGCCCCUUGGGGCAGGGCCAGCUCAGGGGAGGGCUCCAGAAUCCACUGGAUGUGGGUUCUGAAGAGCAGGUGGUGAGCUGGUAGAGGAGCACAGGGAACAGCAGUGAAGCAAGGAGUGGGCAAAAGAGAGAAGAGGCUGUUGGGCUGCUGACCUUGAUAGAGUAUGGGCAGGACCUGGGAGGGAAUAGACCCUUCUGUGUGCCACCCCUCUCAGAGUCUGAGUGCCCUCCUUCUUUAGGUCCUCAUACUCAAACUGUGACGAGGAAAAAAUUCCUGCAGUUUGAAGGCUGCAGCUCUGUGUAUUUCAAGACAAAAUUGUACAGAGUGCUCUCUAACUAUUGAGCAGUUUUAUACAGUUUAUGUAACAGAAGUAGGCUUUUAAUUUUGUAAGAGAAUCUUGUUUUGCCAAACCUAGUAACUGUUUAUUGUUUGGAGAAAUUCAAAAUCCCUGUGUUGGGUCUAUUUCAAACUUUAAAAGAAAUAUAUAUUUUUAAUUUUUUUUUUUUUACUGCUUGGUUUAUUUUCUUCUCUUUGAUCUUUUAUAUUCACGUAAGCUGUACUACUUUAAGUACCUUUAUUCCAAAACUAGUGGGUCAUCUUUACUGGAAGUUUUGAAUAAAACCUGUUGUUACUGCUUA